UCGCAGAUGACCAGAGAUUCCGCUUGUGGGUCUUUGAAAGCAGCUGGGGAAAUUCAGUUCUUUAGAAGCAGCCGAGAUCGCCGGGUCUUGCAGGCGUCGCGGAGAGAAGAGUUGGGACGACUGAUUUCCACUUUUUCCGAGCAAAGGCUGCUCCGAUCUGCAGUUUUCUUUGGCUUUCCUACCUUUUCGCCCCUUCCUCCACGGUUGCCUCUGCCUGGACGCCCCCGGCGACCUCCCAGAUCGUGCAUGCAGCCCGAUGGAUUCUGUGGGCGCAGCUUUGUGCCCGGGCCAUGAGAAGGAGGCGGAGGUGUCUCUUUCUGCAGCAUGUUCCGCGCGGGCAAGCAGAGCAUCCCCAGACCAGUUACCAGAAACCUGGAGGACCUGGACUCUGUCGAGAGCAUCCUGCUGCACAGCGACUUUGAACCAGAAUGGCUGGACAGUGUGCAGAAAAAUGGGGAAUUGUUCUAUUUAGAACUAAGUGAAGAUGAAGAAGAAACUGUCCUUCAAGGCAAUUCUGUGGAUUCGCCCGUGGUGAACCGUGUCAGGUUUUGUGAAAAUGAACCUGAGAUUAUUCAUGAGCGAUCUCGAAAACAUAGACAAAAUGAGCACAGGUUAGAAAAACUCAAUAAAAUAUUAAAAAAUAAAGAUAUUUUGGCAAAACACUCCACAAAGAAGAAAGCAACUGGCAAAGGUGAUGGACAUGCCUCUGGUCCAGCAUCCAUAUUGAAACACCAUUCUAGCCAGAAGACUGGAGUGACAGUCCAACAGCAGUACAAAGAUGUCUUUGUUUACGUAAAUCCAAAGAGGCAGUCAAAUGCUGAGACAGGAGAGCAGCUCAAGCUUCUAGAGUCAUUAAUAGGGAUUGCCCAUCAGUCUCCAUGGCGAAAAGUCGAAAAGCACAGACACAGUAUUGAGUCCAGAAGUACAGAAGAAGAGAAACUGGUUGUACAUGGCUUGAUUCCAGGCAGCUCAGCAAUAAGAUCUGGUGAGAUCUUAAUUGGAGAUGUUCUUGUUGCGGUAAACGAUGUUGAUGUCAACUCUGAAAAUAUAGAAAGGGUUUUAUCUUGCAUUCCAGGUCCUAUGCAGGUGAAGCUUACAUUUGAAACUUCAGUCUUUGAGCUAGAAGGAACAUCCCAGCAGAGGUGUAAGCCACCACAAUUCUCAAUGAAUAACCUGCUAAAAUUGCUAUGGAAAGAUCAUAACAAUGACCCACAGUUCUCUAUACAAAGUAUACCUCAUAUUAUUAUGUUUCUCUCACUCAAAUUGGACUCUGAUACCUCUAAGGAUGAGCAAGAAAUCCUUUAUCAAUAUCCCAUAUCAGAAGCAUCCCAAAAAAUGAAGAGUGUAAGAGGAAUAUUUCUAACAUUGUGUGACAUACUGGAAAAUGUGACAGGAGCUCAUAUCAUCAGUUCGUCUAUGUUUCUGUGUGAGAAAUUAAUUCAUGUGACUUACUGGAAGGAAUCUGACAAGCUCCUAGUUAUUGGCCUCCCAGCUGAAAGUGUACCACUUUCUCAGCUACGGAACAUGACUGCAGAUGUUGUCCGAACGUUAACAUUCAUGUAUGGUUCUCUGGACAGUGCUUUUUGUCAGAUGGAAAACAUUUCCCGGAUGGAUCACUUUUUUUGCCUGUUCUUCCAGCAAGCGCUUCAACCCGCCAGGCUCCACUCGAGUGUCAGCCUUGGUUCCCAUCACUAUGAUGCAUGCAGUGCAUUGUUUUGGUACAACUUUCCUGGAGUACGUUGGCUGUCACUCCCGCAAGAAAUCAAGGUGGAAAUAGAUACAGCUCUAAGUGACUUGGAGGCAGCAGACUUUGCAGAACUGUCUGAAGAUGUCUAUGACAUGAAACGACUGUACACCAUUUUGGGCUCAUGUCUCUUCUAUAAGGGCUAUUUGAUCAGUAAUCACUUGCCGAAGGAGGACCUGACAGAUAUUGCUUUAUAUAGCAGGCAUUAUUGCCUCUUGCCCUUGGCAGCAGAACAACGAAUUGGUCAACUAGUAAUAUGGAGAGAAGUGUUCCCUCAGCAACACCUUCAGUCAUGUAAAAGUUCAUAUGGUGGAUACAGAGAACCCGAAGCAAGAUACUUUUUACUCAUAGUUGGUUUGAAGCAUUUUAUGCUCAGUGUCUUGCUGGAGGCAGGAGGUUGUUCUUCUAAAGCCUUUGGAAAUCCAGGGCCAGACUGCAUCUAUGUGGAUCAAGUCAAAGCAACAAUCCUUCAGUUGGAAGGAAUAGAUGUCAGCAUAGAUGAGAGACUAGAAUCUCCCUCUGCUCCACUGUUGUCUUGUGUGGACUGGUUCCUUCCCUCAUCACGCAACAAACUGGAGAGCCUGGCCACCUUGCCUCUUCUCAGCAAAUGGCAAAAUACCUCACAUUCUGUGGCUUCUUCAUCAAGCAAAAAGAUGCUUUUUGGUGAUUCUACGUUAAGAACGUGUAAAACAAGUCCCUUACGGGGUACUGGAGGAUUCAACAAUGAUGGUGACAGUCCUGAAAGAGGAAGAAAUGAUUCACAAUCAAAAAGUCCUGGUGGAUUUGACAGGAGCAAUAGUCUUUUUAAGAUCACCAAAAAGAAAAAUAUUCUUCCAGGUCCAUUUAAUUUAGGAAACCUGAAAAAGAAUCUUUCAGAUAAGGAAGCGGAAUUGUACAAUAUUUUAAAGUUGACAUCUGGUCCUGAAAACACCCUAUUCCACUAUAUUUCUUUAGAAACAAUGCAUGGAAUUUUUAUCACUCCAACACAUACCGAAGUAGCACAGUUGGGCGGAACUAUUCAUCCCCAGCUAAUCAAGAACUUCCAUCGCUGUUGUCUUUCUAUACGUUCCCUAUUUCAGCAAACCAUGAUAAGAGAAACUAAAAAGACUACAGGCACCAGGAGAAGUUCAGAAUCCAAAAAAGCAAAUUCUGGACUACAUCAAGUAAGAGAACAUGGAGUGUUGUUUGAAUGUUCACCAGACAAGUGGACUGACCAAAAGAAACCACCACCACCUUUAAUGUACUGGGUUGUAGGGAGACUCUUCCUUGAUCCAAAUCCUCGGGAGUUUUAUGUCUGUUUUCAUGACUCUGUCACCGAGGUCGCUGUUGAGCUGGCUUUUAAGCUAUCCUUUGGCUUAGCUCUGUAAUAGUGUUCAUCUAUACAGCUGUCAUAAAUAGAACUGGAAACUUCCCAAAGCGACUAGAAGUGCACAGAUACAAGUUAGUCAUGGUAGUGUGCUUUACAUUUGCUUCUGAAACUUUUGUCUGAAAUAACUUACCUUGAUGGGAAAACUUUUCAAAUGUUUACAUUAAGACUGGGAUGUAUCAGCAAUCAACUUCUCAAAAUUAUAUUUUUUAAAGUUAAAAGUUAUUCAUCUUGAUUGUAGUUUGUAUCUUAGUUGUAUAGUGACAGAUUUUUCACUUGAGGACUAAAUUAAAGAAUAUGUAAAUCUACAUUUCUUGGAAGGUGUCCCCCUAGAUCAUGCAAGUAUAAUUUAAACUUCCUGUGAAGUUCAAAAAGCAGCUUGUGGACUCUGGGACUGUUUCUGAAAAUGAACUGCCACAGAAAACUCAAUUGUGAUCUUGUCUGGACUUCACUCAAGGGAGUAUAUUGUGAAACUGAAUAGAUUAUGGCACUCUGUUUGACAUAUCUGAAGUUCUGGCAAUACAAUUCAGAAAGAAACAAAGAAAAUUCCUAUCUUUCCAGAGUGGGGAAAAAAAACUACCUUGCAUUAAAGGGCUAUUAUAACAUUUGUAAUAAUAAAUAGAUUUUAUGUAUAAUGAAAUAAAUAAAUAAGCUGUUAUAAAGUAAAGUUGAUAUUUUUGCACAAGCGUGGAGAAGUUUACCAUUUUUUCUAAAAACUGCAUAAACUAUUUUAAAAAGAUUUUUACAAUAAAGACAUGUACAUUUGCAAAA